UCACAUGUUUGCUGAUAUUGUUGGUUCCGAGUUGUGCGAAUACAAUACGACAUGAGAUUUCCAGAUGAUGGGCAACAAUGGCUAUGUGUAUCACGUCAGGUGGUGCCGGGCAAAUUUUCUACAGCUCACCAACUCACUUCACCAGUUCAACAAGUUUUGCCUCGCGCUUUUCUUCGCGAAGGACUUAGGAAUAACAGAAUGGAAAAUCACGAUUCGAUUGAUGUUUCUUUCCCAAAAUGUGGUGUCUGUUGUGCCUCAGUAAUCCGACAGAAUGUCAUUUGAUCCGCCCUCUCGUUGAAAGAAUGCAUGGUGCAAUCAUUAGGGGGUCGUAUGAUCAAGAACGUCAAAAUUGGGGCUUUCAUUGCAUGCUUCGAUCAAAGCUUACUUUGGGGCUGUAUUGUUUUUUUUUAAAUCUUUGGCCAUGGAGUCGGUGAGCUGAUUAGGCAACAUAUCCGCCUUCAUUUUCUUGAAGCCUUAGUGGCAAACUUUCGAUUGUAUUAGCAUAAAGCUCCAAUCGAAGCAGAGAUUUAUCGACCAAGUAUGCUUGUCCUGUACAGUGGUAGCAUUCUUUAACACCGAUUUUGAGCAGUUGGUCUCCAGAAUGUCUUGCAGGAAGAUGCGAGCAGCGAAGCCUCAAUAUCUCAAUCGACGAUGUGUUCAUUCAGUCAGUCGGUGAUAGGCCGCUUCCGCACCUUGUUUUUUGAUUCCGUCAUUAUGUUAUUUGGAUUGCGCAAAGAGGAGACUAGAUUAAGGGCCCUUUUAUGCAAGUUAUAUCAUUAUCUGAACCGAUGACACUCCGCGACCACUUUCGCAAAUCAAUAAUUGACCUUUGAUUUCGUGAAAAUCGGAGGUUCAGCUAGCAAAAUAUCUGCAUAUGUACUUGUCUUCAUGCACCAUUAGGCUAGGCCUUCGGGGUUCCUAAUGUAUUGAAUGCAGCCGACCGUUGGAGCUCGAAUCCCACAUGCAUCCUCCCGCAAGCUCAGCCUGUUCUUGGAAGAUCUCGAAUCUUGAAAAUGAUAGCUUUGAUUCUUUUUCCUUUGAUUCUAUCUUCGCUCUCAACACAAUACACGAUCUGUCACCAACAACGUUCACGCGAUUACAAUGGCCGGGUUAAGGCGCGAAGCCCCUAGCUUCCAAGGUAAGCUGUUGUUUUUGCACCUUAUUUUGUGAGUACACCCUAACAAGAGACCUUGAGUCGAAGAACGAAAUGUAGGAGAAAAAUGCGAGCGAGCUGCGGCAGCGAAAAAUUUACCGACAAAUUCCGUUGACCUUGGUUCAGAAAUCUGGAAAGUUGCGAAAAGCAAUGUAAUUGGGGUAUCCAUAGAGGGUUAUUAUUUUCCAGACGAUGAAUAUGAUAGACUCCUCAAGGAAGACACGAUUCAAGAUGCCCUCGGUGGUGGCUAUGAGGUUUUGCCUUUAGUCAAGUAUGUUCUUGACCAUGCGAAGAAAACAUUUGCUACAUUGCUGCAGGUAUUCACCGACAGUAAAAGUCGACGUGAAGUCAUGGACUCUCUAAUGGCGAGUGAAUUCAAAGAUACUUUGUUAGGAUCCCAUAAGCUCGAUCCGUCCUAUUUUAAACACAAGCUUUGGAACGAGAGCACGAUUGAUACUUUCAAAGAUAAACGGUUGCCAUUUAUUGUUCCCACCUUUAAUAGCGAGACUUUCAUAUAUGAGUUCGAUAAAAAUCAACCCCUUCCCUUUACGGUGUUUGAUAAAGCGGAUACUUCACCAAGAAGCGGCCACUUUAGCGUAGUUGAAUGUGUGGAGAUGUUGGCUAGUAAGCAGAAUAUGGUCGAUGUAAAAAGCAAGACGUUGAAAGUCGCGUUAAAAAAGCUGAUAAAACUUGGUGAUCCCGGCUAUGACAUAAAGAAGGAAUGGGAGCGUGAGGCAAGAGCUCAUCAGCAGCUGAAUCGAAAAAGUGAUAAUAUCAUUCAAGCAUUUGCCGCCUACCAUCAAAUUGCGAUGAACAACAAGCGGAACGAUGAGUACUAUCUUGUGCUUGAAUGGGCUGAUGGUGGAAGCCUUUUUGACUUUUGGCAGAAGAAUCCUGAACCUCAAAUGAAUCAUCCAGAUCCCAGUCAAGUUCGUCGACGGAUCAAAGAAAUGUUGGAGCAACUGUAUGGACUAGCUCAGGCUCUCGAAGCAAUGCAUUCUACUAGGGCUCAUUCGCCUCGACAUAGCAGGAGUAACUCAGCAUCAUCCCCGGCACUCCGACCACAAAUGGGUGCAGAUUGGAAGGAGAGUAGCCUUGGUGCAGGUGUACUUCCUGUGGAUAGCUCGUCCUUGCCAACGUUCAAUUUUGAUCCCGCAGAAGAUGAUGAUAACAAACAAACAAUGCCAAGCAUUGUCGUUUCGUCUGAUCCUGUAACUCUAAAAGUCACUGAAAGUCCCGACUCGCAAAACUGGCGUCAUGGUGAUAUUAAACCAGAAAACAUACUGCGUUUCGUUGUCGGCGAAGAUUAUGAUAAGUUGGGUGUUCUGAAACUUGCAGAUCUGGGAAGAGCACAACAACAUCAAUUUGUGACAAGAAUGAGGCAUAGUACGGAAAGAGAACUUUGGAGAACACGAUGGUAUGAGCCCCCAGAUCUAGACGGAAAAAAUCAGGAGAAGGCAGGAGGCAAAAUUUCACGCUUGUUUGAUAUAUGGAGCAUGGGUGCCGUUAUCUUUGAAGCCAUGUUGUGGUUGCUGUAUGGCUACGAAUCUCAUAAUGAAUUCUUGCGGCAGAACGGAUUUCCCACAGGAGAGACACGCGUAACACCAUAUUGGAGGAAAGAUGGGGAAGGACACUACAGGGUGACUGAAGUGGCAAAUCAAUGGAUGGAAGAUAUAUUAAAGCGUGAUUUAGAACGCGAGGGCGCUAUCGGUGACGUGAUCAAGUUGGUUAGGGAUAGAUUGCUCAAGAUUGAUCUGCCCCCAAACUCAGAUACCUACACCAAAAGCUUCCGCACAAAUGCCAGGGAUUUAAGGGAACAGCUUGGUAUCAUUAUUAAACGAGCUGAAGGAGACGAAAGGUAUUUGUUUAGUGGUAAAGAUCGCAGAAGCAUGUCUCCACCCCAUGUAGCCAAUUCAACCACAAAAAGCUCAUUACAAUCCUUGGGUAGUUCGUUGUUAUCGGCCAAUGAUGCAAAAGGAGUGAGCACGCCUGUGAUACAAGGAUGGAGAACCGAAAUAGCUCAACGGCGCGAGUAUACUAACAGCAUGAAAGAUGAGUGGGGGACGUUUCCUGAAAAUUCUUCAUUCGUCGAGUCAAUGUUGGAAGGUUGGAACUAUAGUCUCAGCGAACCCAAAUUGUGUACAGGCUGCAGCACCAUCAAUAUCCCGUCACAACACUCAGAGAUUGCUUAUCAUAUGGGAACAUUGGAGGCUAAGUCAAGAAACAGGGAGUGCGACCUCUGCCGACUGGUCUACACGGCAGCCAAGGAACGAAACCUAACGAGCCACGGCGAUAUACAGGAGAUCUUGCUGAAACAAUCAGGGAAAGACUUCAUCUUGAAAGAAACCAGCCAAAAGUUUCUCCGCUUAAUUGGUAGGUAUUGAGGUUUGUCGUCUAGUGCUUUGAUCUAACAGGAGAAUCAGAAACGAAACAAGGUACAUUGACCCCCGAAGCUGCGCCGAUGUUACCUCUACUGCCCAUCAAUUACGACCCUUCUCCUGGGAAUCUAGGAUUUUUCAUAAAACUAGCAAAAGCAUGGCUCAAAGAUUGUGAUAGCAAUCAUGGAGAUGUCUGUGCUGCUAAGGCUACCCACUUGUUGCCAAAAAGGCUCAUCAGUGUUGAAACACUGCAAACGCCAAAGAUCGUAGUAACGGCAGAUCUCUACAAGAAUCUUCCUCCGGGUGGCGUUCGAUACCUUGCUCUCUCACACAAAUGGGGGAAUAUGCCUGCUGACGCCAAGACAAUGAAGGUGAACCUCGAACAACGCAAGAAAGAAAUUCCAUUGGACGAGUUACCACUUAGCUUUCAAAAUGCCAUCGCGAUUACGAAAGCGCUCGACUGCUCUUUUCUCUGGAUCGAUUCUCUGUGCAUCCUACAAGGCCCGGACGGCGAAUUCGGUCAGGAGGCAGACAAGAUGCAAACGACCUUUAAUGGUGCGUACUGCGUUCUGGCCGCUUGCAGUGCCCAGAGUGCUAGGGAUGGUUUUUUGUACGUUCGAGAGUCACGAUCAAAAUACCUCGAAAUCAAUAAUGUCUACAUCUCGCCAAUCACCAAUGAUUUUGAGCGGGACGUCCUCCACAGUUCCUUGAGCCGCCGCGGAUGGGUAUUGCAGGAACGUGCCUUGGCACGUCGAACCAUUUUUUUUACAGAGACUCAGAUAUAUUGGGAGUGUGGUAAGGGCAUUCGCUGCGAAACAUUGGCGACACUCAGGAAGUAAGUUGAAAAAUGUUCAUCAGACAGGCCCGGCUGAUAUGUUUUGAUUAGUGACAAAAUAGCUUUCCUCGGGGACCCAAAUUUUCCUGACUACACGAUUCGGCCAACGAGCACUGUGGGGGAGCAAAUCGACCUGUUUAUUCAUUUGUUCCAGACAUACACUAAGCUAGAAUUUUCAUACCCAGAAGAUAGACCUGUCGCCAUUGAUGGACUGAUGGAGCGACUGACUGUCGCCUUCAAAACACGAAGUCUCGCAGGUCUCUUUGAGACAUUUUGGGGUCGCUGCUUGCUUUGGCGACGGGCAGAAAAUGUAGAACUACUGAGGAAGAUCCCGCAUGGUACACAUUCACGUCGGGUUCCGCCAACUUGGUCGUGGAUGGCUUUUGACGGUGCGAUCUCGUUCAUUGAGCCUUUGGGCGGUCAGGUUGAUUGGAAUAAUUCUGGAGUGACCCUCCCGUUUGCUAAUCUUAAUUGUGAUCAGACUUCAUGGCUUAAAACAAGCCGUCAGAAUGAUAGUCUGGCUAUCCAGGCUAAAGCAUUUGAUUUUAAUAUACAUGCAGGCGCUGGCAAAAGCGAAGCAUCUAUAUUUUAUGAUGGUGAAAUGAUUACUCCGACGAAAUGCGUAAUCGUUGGUACUGAUAAACAGAAUUCAAAUGAUGCAAGCACAAAAAAACAUUACGUUUUGAUUGUUAAGCCAGUCUCCGAGGCUUCUAACCGGAUGUCUUACGAACGUGUUGGGGCUGGGUACAUGUCAGGAAAAUUUAUUCAUCUGGAUGAAUCCUAUGUUACCGUGAAAAUCGAGUAGUUUCGUCUACAUACGUGGUGGUCGGGCGGCACUAGCGAGAAUGCCUUUUAGACUACUGCUAUGAAGAGAGAAGGGAAUAACGAUGAUAUAUGCAAUUUCAAAGGCUGUAUUUCAGACAGAAUCGAUGUUUUUACAAUA